CAUCCUUCCUUGCACUCCAGGAAACUGAGCCUCUUGCAGCAGCUCCUCUGACCGGUGGGGGGCGGCAGUAUACCAGUAACUCACUCCCUGAAUAUAUGUGUAGGUAGGAGAGAGAUUCGCGUUUAAAAUCUUUUUGACUCUAAUAGCUCUCCGUAGCGCUUUAGCCCGCUCGAGUUUCAAUGCGCGUUGUUGUUGGACGAAGCUGAGUCCUAUACACCGACCGCUGCUCUCCUGGUCAUGGCUUCUCCGAGUUCCUUCACUUACUGUUGUCCUCCAUCUUCCUCCCCUGUCUGGUCAGAGCCUCUGUACAGUCUGAGGCCCGAGCACGCGCGGGAGCGGUUGCAGGACGACUCGGUGGAAACAGUCACGUCCAUAGAACAGGCAAAAGUAGAAGAAAAGAUCCAAGAGGCCUUCAGUUCUUACAAGUUCAACCACUUUGUACCAAGGCUCAUUUUGCAGAGGGAGAAGCACUUCCAUUACCUGAAAAGAGGCCUUCGACAGCUGACAGAUGCCUAUGAGUGUCUGGAUGCCAGCCGCCCAUGGCUCUGCUAUUGGAUCCUGCACAGCUUGGAACUGCUAGAUGAACCCAUCCCCCAGAUGGUGGCAACAGAUGUGUGCCAUUUCCUGGAGCUGUGUCAAAGUCCAGAAGGCGGCUUUGGAGGAGGCCCUGGCCAAUACCCACACCUUGCACCCACAUACGCAGCAGUCAAUGCACUAUGCAUCAUUGGCACCGAGGAGGCCUAUGACAUCAUUAACAGAGAGAAGCUUCUUCAGUAUUUGUACUCGCUAAAGCAACCCGAUGGCUCUUUUCUCAUGCACGUUGGAGGUGAGGUGGAUGUGAGAAGUGCAUACUGUGCCGCCUCGGUAGCUUCUCUGACCAACAUCAUCACCCCAGACCUCUUUGAGGGCACUGCUGAGUGGAUAGCAAGGUGUCAGAAUUGGGAAGGGGGAAUUGGUGGCGUGCCAGGGAUGGAAGCCCAUGGUGGCUAUACUUUCUGUGGCCUGGCUGCACUGGUCAUCCUCAAGAAGGAACGUUCCUUAAACUUGAAGAGCUUAUUGCAAUGGGUGACAAGCCGGCAGAUGCGGUUCGAAGGUGGAUUUCAGGGCCGCUGCAACAAGCUGGUGGACGGCUGCUACUCCUUCUGGCAGGCGGGACUCCUGCCCCUGCUCCAUCGUGCACUACACGCUCAAGGUGACCCUGCCCUCAGCAUGAGCCACUGGAUGUUUCACCAGCAGGCCCUGCAGGAGUACAUUCUUAUGUGCUGCCAGUGCCCCGCUGGGGGGCUUCUGGAUAAACCUGGCAAGUCUCGGGACUUCUACCACACCUGCUACUGUCUGAGCGGCCUGUCUAUAGCUCAGCACUUCGGCAGUGGAGCCAUGUUGCACGAUGUGGUCCUGGGUGUGCCUGAAAAUGCUCUGCAGCCCACUCACCCUGUGUACAAUAUUGGACCAGAUAAAGUGAUCCAGGCCACCAUGCACUUUCUGCAGAAGCCGGUCCCAGGCUUCGAGGAGCAUGAGGAUGAGGCGACAGCAGGACCUUCCACUGACUAGAGGACAUGGGGUCCCAAGUCUCUGUGUUCAUCACAGCUCAGUGUUCACCUGUUCAGACUAAGGUUUAUAUGUUUCGAUAUAUACUGCAUUCUCUGCUGCACAGGCCUUGGCCACUGUGGAGCUGUGGUUGUCCUUUCUUGUCAAACAAAGCAGAAAUGAUGGCUUUAGAUUUGGAGAACACAAUGGCAUGGUUUUAAAAAAAUUCUUCCCACUCCUGUCAAACCAAAAAUCCAUUAGCCCAUGCAGCAUUUAAACCCGGCUCGGGCCUGGCCAGGGUUGGCUGGGAAACAGUGCAUGCUGAGAAGCAGCCCCUCCCCACCAGCUCUCCAGCUGGGACAGCCCUAGUGAAAUGAAUGACACCCGCGAGCCACUGCUGCGAUCCCCACUUGCACGCCACCAUUAAGAUGCCAGGAAGGUACCUUUCCAUGGGCGGAAAUAAAUCUGCUCCAUGCCAAGGGAGGGGCUUUGGGUCCCACCAGAAUGAAUUUUCCAGAAAAAAACGUGGUGGGGCUUCAAUAGGAGGUGCCCAAGGCUCUCACCUCCCAUCCUGGUCAUUUGCAGGGGAAGGGAUCUGGAUAGGGGAGAGAGGUCUGCGUAUGAGUCCUUCCCUUUCUGCCCUGGAGAGCCGAGCCACAUGUCUCUCCAAGGCCACACGUGGAGCACAGGCAGGAUUUGCUUCAGCCCCAGGUGUGGGAAACUAAUUAUGAGUGGACGAGGAAGCAGCUCCAGGGCCCACGCCCUCACCCUGCCUCAUCAUGUACCGUGAAAAACCCCUCUGAUGGCCUCACGGCAGCGCCUGCAGCCCGUGGCCAAUCUGUGUUUCCAUCUUUCUUCCACCAGACCCCCAGCCUGCCCUCAAAGACAGUGUUGUCUUCUCUCACCCAGAGUAUUAACACUACUAACUCUUUCACCUUAAUUUCUGACUCAGGAUUUAUUCACAUCCUACCCAUGCCAGGCUCAGAAAUAAAAUCAAUUGCUGGACCAGCUGGCUGCUGCUAAGGCAGUAGCUAUGUAAACCUGGCUGUGGCAGGGCUGAGUGCUGCCUGGUGUGUUCAGCCUGGCAGGGCUUCUGCUGCUCACACAGAACCCUUUAUCUGUCAGCGGGGUGUUAUUUGGUCAUCUGUCCACUGCUACGGGCCCAGCAAGCUCCAUGCCGCUGACUGGGCUUUCACGUCAGCAGCCAUGGGCUGUGGGCAGAUGGGAGCUCAGAGAUGCAGCAUAAGGCUCUUCUCAAAAACUCUGGCCAUUUGCUGCCUCUAAUUCCCUAUUGCUUUGGCAUACUGGACUAUGUAUUACCUCCUUAAAAUAAUAAAAGAAUAACAUUUUCUAUGA